UCUCUCUCUCUCUCUCUCUCUCUCUCUCAACGAUUCAGGUAAGUCCAUUUCUUCCUUUUGAUCCAUCUAAUGUCCUUGAGCUUUAACAAUGGAGCUCAUCGUUGAUUUUUGUUUGUUCUGUAAUUCUGUGGAUUCAGUAAAGAGUGUUAGAAUCAUGAGGCUAGUCACUGGAUUUUCAGUUUACUCUUUGACUUUGAAUUGAAAUUUGAACUCUAGUUCUGUUUCUUCAAGCUGAUACCAGCAAAUCCUUUUAUAUGCUCCUUAUUCUCUCCGUUUGUGUCAUGAUACUGUGUUCGCAACUUUUUUUCCACUUUUUAUCUUGUGUAUGACCUAGGUUUGAGAUUUUACUUGAAAUUGAAUCCUUUUAAAUAUGCAAUUUCGAUGUAUAAGUAGAAUUUUAUUUUUUUCGUAUUAAUAUCCAUGUUUCUUACAUCCGUAUGGAAACUAUGUAUGUUUGAUUUCGAUUUCGAUCAUUUAUAAUCUCCACUUGAGUGAGCAUCUAGAUGUUAAAAUUCAAGGAAACAAUAGGUUUUACUGAUGAGUAUCACUCGGAUUGUUCUGUUCCUACUUUAAUGGAACUGCGACAUAAUGCAGAUUGAUUUAGAUGUCGGGUGGGGGAUCUCAAACGAGUUUGAGAAAAGCUCUUGGGGCCAUUAAGGACAGCACCACUCUCAAUUUGGCUAAAGUCAAUAGUGAUUAUAAGGAAUUGGAUGUAAAUAUUGUUAAGGCCACUAAUCAUGUUGAGCACCCUGCAAAAGAGAAACAUAUGCGAGCUAUAUUUGCAGCCAUCUCUGCUACAAGACCUAGAGCUGAUGUUGCAUAUUGCAUCCAUGCUCUUGCAAGAAGAUUGUCAAAGACACACAAUUGGGCAGUUGCUUUGAAAACUCUAAUUAUUAUUCACCGAGCCUUAAGGGAGGUAGACCCCACAUUUCAAGAAGAGCUUCUUAACUAUGGCAGGACUAGUAACCAUUUGCUCAACUUAUCUCACUUCAAAGAUGAUUCUAGUCCAAAUGCAUGGGAUUAUUCUGCCUGGGUUCGGACUUAUGCUUUAUUUUUAGAGGAGAGACUGGAGUGUUUCCGUGUCUUAAUGUAUGAUGUUGAAACAGAACGUCUAAGAACAAGAGAUUUAGAUACUCCAGAGUUGCUUCAACAAUUACCAGCUUUGCAACAACUUCUAUACCGUGUGUUAGGUUGUCAGCCACAAGGAGCAGCAGUUGAUAACUUUGUGAUUCGUUUGGCACUUUCUAUGGUGGCUUCUGAAAGUGUGAAAGUAUACAAGGCAAUUAAUGAAGGUUCACUUAAUUUGGUUGAUAAAUUCUUUGAGAUGCAAAGACAUGAUGCUCUUAAAGCUCUGGAUAUAUAUAGAAGGGCUGGCCAGCAGGCAGAGAGAUUGUCUGAGUUUUAUGAAAUAUGUAAAAGUCUUGACAUGGGACGUGGUGAGACGUUUAUUAAGAUUGAACAGCCACCAUCAUCAUUCACACAAGCCAUGGAAGAAUUUGUAAAAGAAGCUCCUCGUGCUUCAUCAGUUGACAGAAAACCAAAAGGAAUUCUCGCCAUAGAACACAAAAAAGAGGCGGAGGUGGAGGCUCCGGCCAAACCGCCAGCAGAACCACUACCGGAGCCGGAGCCUGAACCAGAGGCGGUUAAAGUGGAAGCUCAUGUUGCUGAAGCAACACCGGAUUUACUGGGUCUGAAUGAUACUCUUCAAGAAGUCUCUGAAUUAGACCAGAAGAAUGCUAUGGCUUUAGCUAUUGUUCCAAUGUCAGCUGAUGAACAAGAGUGUAAUGCCCCAAGUUCAUUUGAUGGAAGUGCAGGAUGGGAAUUAGCCCUUGUAACUAACGAACCCACUAAAUCUUCAAUCAAACUGGGUGGAGGGCUGGAUAAACUUACACUUGACAGCCUGUACGAUGAUGCAGUGAGAAGAAGCAACCAGAUCCAGACCCCAGCAAGCUACAACCCGUGGGGCCCACAAGGUUCCAUGAUGGCACCACAGACUGGACCGGACCCGUUUUAUGGUUCGACCAUGAUGGCUGCACCACGCAAUGUACAGAUGGCAGCCAUGGCUCAGCAACAACAACAAAUGAUGAUGCCACAACACGGUUCGAACCCGUUUGGGAACCCGUAUCCCUACAACCCGAUUCUUGUAUAA